CCUGGUGACCCAAGCUUGAUGAUGGUCUGUCUUUGCUCUGAUGAACAGAGAAAAGCAUGAACGAGAAAGGGUAAGUGAGGGGAGGGAUAGCCUGAUGGAGAUAGUGUUACAUGACAAUUAAUCCAAGUGAUGACACCUUUGUGCUUCUGUCUCUUGAACGCAUUUGUAUAUUUAAUGGGUUUGGCAGCCCCUGAUUGAGUCAGUCAGGUUGAAUGAAGAUUACUCCAAAGCAUCAGUUUUCCACUUGGUGACUUUGGUUUUGACAUUAUCAGAUGGUGGACGGUGGAGAACUUGUCCAAUUCAAGAGAGGUCAGAAGCAGAAUUUCCUACUGAAGAGAAGCUAUGAAGAUUAAAAUGAAGAGGUCCUCGGCUAACCAUCACCUCAGCUUUGACGAUAUUCUGAAGAUCUACACCUACUUUGGGGUUUUUGCAGCUUGGAACAACUGAAGUGAAUGCUAAUUCCUCCUUAAGCUCUGUUAGCUUACAUUUUAUGGAAAAGUUUUUCAUAGAGAUUUGAUAUUAAGUAAGUAAGUUAGGUCUCUAACUCGGCGGCUAACAGACGAUAUAUUUCUUGAAGUAAAUGGUUAAACAGUCCCAAAUGCCAUCGUGACUAUGAGUGAAACGGAGAGGAAGCGUCCACUCAUUGCUGGUAGAGAAAAAGGGCCAGGGCCUGGUCGAUACAUCCUUCCACCGGCUAUCGGCUUUGUAGGCCACGAUUUUACCAAGUCAACGAGUCCUGCUUACUCCUUCCAUGGCAGGAUGAGUAACAACAUGCAUAGCAUUGACUGUAGUCCAGGGCCUAAAUAUCAUAUUGAUGCCAAACUGACUCGCUUUGGACGGGACGGCACUCCCGCCUAUUCCAUACAUGGCAGGAUGGAAAAUCGAGCAGGAACCUUCUCCACCCCUGGACCAGGAGCAUACAGCCCUGAGAAAGCCCCUCUGUGCAGCACUCAUCGCAAACCGCCGUCCCACACCAUGGGCUGCCGCACUCAGUAUCGCACCGUGGACACCGUGCCGGCCCCCAACAGAUACACCCUCCCUUCUCUCAUGGGCUCCCACAUCCUGACCAAAACAUCCAGUGCCAGUUACACCAUCUCCGGGAGAUGCACGUCUGGAGGUCCGGCCGAGGACUUAUCCAAGACUCCAGGUCCUGGUCGAUAUAACCGCACAGAUCCCAGUGUCUACCUCCCGAGGCAGCCUGCGUUCUCUAUGUUGGGCAGACACGCUGCUGCGAGGGAGUCCACACUUGUACCAGGUCCUGGAAGUCAUAACCCAGAGAAAGUGACCGUGCACAAGCCCAGACCUCCUGCUUUCUCUUUAGGGGUCAGGCACUCAGAGUUUGUGACCCCUUUAGUGGUAGAUUAGUAGCAUAGACCAUUUUAGUGUUUUGUGGGCGGAGCCUACCUGGUGGCAGAAAGCAAGUGAGGGCCGGGGUCUCUGCUGGAUGGAGUAAUGGGCGUGGAGAAAGUUAUUUUUCGUUGUUGCGAAAGCUGUCUGACAGGGUUUCGGGUGGGUUAGGGUUAAGUUUCGGUUGUUGCAAUUCACUUUUCGGCACGCCCAUUACUCCGACCAGUCCAGCAGCUAUCCCUUAUUUUGCAGAACAGGAAGCUUCAGGAACUGUGGAAGCAAGCCACGGAAUGAAAAUAUUAAAAAUGUAAUAUGAGUUUAUAUCCCACAAUUAUGACUUGUAAUUCCAAGUUUAUAUCUCAGCUCUGAGAAGAAAACAUCAAAUUCAUGCUUUGAUAGUAGGCUAAUCAUCACAGGUUUCAUCAGUUCAGUCUGUCCCUUCAAUGGCUUGCAACUAUAAACAGCUUCAAAAAUGCAAAACAUAAAUUUUGGCAAUCCUUUAUUGCAUGGAUCUUGUCCAUUUUCUUCCUUGUUACCAGUUUUUCUGCUACCACAACAAAUGCGCAACUGUAGUGAUGCAACUGUGACGUCGACUUCACAAAUCGUCUAUUUUGAAGGCUGUAUAUGUAAUUACUACUUUUCCUGGAUUUUCAUCAAAAUUUCAUCAGAUUCUUAAAUAUGUUUGAUAUCUUUCAUACAGUGAACUCUGAUGUUGGAAAUAUUGACCAAUUAAUUUCCAAGAUGUUCCUGGUUGCUUUUCCACACACUAGGCCUAAAUAAAAUUGCUGAUAUUUUUCGUUCUUGGAUAUAUAUAUUAAAUUUUGUGUGUGUAUAUAUAUAUAUACCAGCAUGUAUAUUACCAGCUAGAUUUUUAUGUAUAGUGUGAUGUCUAUUUAAAAAAAAACCAUUUUCUAUAGUAUCCGCUGUCGCUUUAAAUGACCAAAUAUU